AUGGAUCAUCCUGCAGCAACAGCUGCUCCCCAGGACAUUGAGACGGGUCAUGGGACAAGGUUGAAUGAUGUCUCUGGCGGAGAUGGGGAGGUUGCUGCCGAGGCGCACCACCCCUCUGCAGGCCUUGACAAUGUUCUCGAUGAAGACGCCACAGGGUCGGGGAGAGCGAGCGGAGGCAGCCCUGACUCAGCGAGCGCGGCCACUCACCUGCUGAGCCUGUUUGGGCGGCGCAGUUCCAGCAUCCCACGUGGCGGCAGCCCCAUGAAGCGCAGCGCGAGCGGCACGCAGCCCAUGUGCCUCAUUUGCUUGGAAAACCUCACGGCAGAGGAUUUUGAGUGUGGGGAGGCCAUGUCCCUGGACUGCCAAUGCCGCGGCGAGCUGGCCCUGCGGCACCGCAGCUGUGCCGAGAAGUGGUCUCGUGUCAAGGGCGAUCGCGUGUGCGACGUGUGCAAGUCCACCAUUAACAAUCUGCCGGAGGUCGUGCCCCUCGCGCCCGGCACGGACGCCGGCUCUGACAACGGCAACUCUCUCUUCGAUGACAUGGAAGACCGCAACCAUGCGCACCCCCUCCACGGCGCCUUUGUGGCGGACCAGAUGCCAGGCUCAGCCGACAUUGUCUUUGACUGCAUCCGGGUGACGUGGGUGGCGAUGAUAAUCUGCAUCCUGUUCUUCGAGAUGAACCUGGCGACGGCGCUGUGGACGGGCCUAGUGGUGGGCAUCGCCUACACCAUGUUUGCGCGCGCCAUGUACCGCCAGCAGCUGGCCCUGCUCCAGCGCGAGAUGCUGCGCGAGCACCAGCAGCACCUCCCAGCACAGCGCUCCCCCUCCGCCGGCUCCCCCAGGUCGCCAAGAGCGCUGAAUGAGGUGGCAGCACAGCCGGAAGAAGCCCCUGACGACGGUGCUACAUCUGCAGCGUCAGACAGCGAUGCAGACGAUGUCGAGGCCAAUGCCCUGCCCGAGGCUGAGGCUCGUGAUGUGCAUGUUUGUUGUUGGUCAGCUAGCCGGCAGAGCCGGGACUUCAACUAA